AUGGACUCGAAGUAUAUUGGAUAUAGCGUUGACGGACCUUGUUUUAUUAUAAAAAUAAACGACCCGAAACAUUUGAAUUCUAUUUCUUUUGAGGAUUUCAUAUACAUUGGCCGGUUAUUGGAAAUCGCCAAUAAUGAUGCUUCCAUAAUAUAUACUAUAAUUCAAAGUACCGGGAAUUUCUUCUCAGCUGGUGGAAAGAUUGAAUCCGUUCUUGAUGGUCAAAGCAACCUUGACCGUAGCAGUUCCAAGAAAUUGACAGAUACUUUCGGGAUGGUUGCAAAGUUAAAUGUGCUUUUCGCAGAUGCAUUUUUGAAACAUAAAAAAAUUCUAAUCUGUUGCUUGAAUGGACCAGCUAUUGGGUUAAGCGCAGCCAUGGUUUUAUUGUGUGACAUCGUUUAUGGGAAGGAUAACAACGGUUAUUUAUUGUUUCCAUUUAGUAAUUUAGGUUUUGUGGCGGAAUUAGGAACAAGCGUGACACUUUUUGAAAAGUUAGGCUAUAAUUCGGCGAUGGAACAUUUAAUAUUUAGUUCACCGGUUUCAAACAAAGAACUAAUUGAAAAAAAUAUUAUUGUUAAAAAUUAUAAUUUAGAUAAUACUGAUGUUUACAAUAAGCAAGUCAUCUUAGAUUUAAAAGAUAAAUCUAAGAAGCUUUACGGCCCAAGCAUUUUAGGAAUGAAAAAAAUGAUUUUUCAUGAAAGUACAUAUAAACAGAAUUUAACCAAAUCACAAGCCCUGGAAACCAGUGCAACAUUACCAUUUUGGCUGGAGGGAGAGCCGUUCAAGAGAUUUCAACAGAUGAAGAAUAAGGAACGAAAGCACAAGUUAUAG